GCUCGGGUCCUUUCAUGGAUGAGGACGAAGAGAUAGUCCAAAGUUAUUUAGUUUGGGGCGCAAUGGCUCUACACUACGCUGAGUUAUUCGCAAAUCUGUCGCGACAGAGAAAAUUAAACACAUUUCUGUUGACAGUAGUUAAAUCCAUAUUCCAAGACAUGAUAAGUAUGGAGACAGUUAUCGCUAAAAUUAUGGAAUACGCAAAAACACUGGUGAGUGCCGACAGGACGUCACUAUUUCUGGUCGACUCAAAUGAUAAACAACUUUACGCACAUAUAUUUGAAGUGAACGAUAAUAAGGCUAAUAGUGAUGACCCGGCGAUUACAAAGAAAGAGAUUCGGUUCCCGAUCGGCACCGGAAUCGCCGGUACGGUCGCGAAGACGGGUCAGGCGCUCAACAUUCCCGACGCUUACGAAGACCAAAGAUUCAAUAGAGAUAUCGAUCAGAUGACAGGGUAUACCACUAAGAAUCUGUUAGCGAUGCCU